AUGUCUGAAACUCGAGCUCGCUCAUCACGGCAUCGUAAUAAAGAAGUGCAGAUUGCUAAACUAGACUGUAUGGAAGAUAAUGAGCAAAUUAUGGCAGCAAAUGAAGUAUGGAUAAAAGAAGAACCUAUGUCCGAAGGUUCAAGUUGCGGCAAAGAAAUGAAAGAACGUGGUAGUCGUGAAAAAGCUAUAUCAUGUGAAGUAUGUGAAAAAAGUUUCCUAUCAGAAGAAAAGUUUCAAGAGCACUAUCUCAUACAUUCUGGAGUGAAGCCUUUCGUUUGUGAUGUGUGCCUAAAAGGAUUUGCUAAUAAAAGCAAUUUACAACGACACAGACUUAUACAUAGCACUGAAAAGCCUUUUACAUGCGAUGUUUGUAAUAAAGGAUUUGCUGAUAAAUAUACAUUUCAAAUGCAUAAAAUGAUUCAUAGUGGAGAAAAACAUGUUUGUGAUAUAUGCCAUAGAGAAUUCACGCAGAAAUCGAAUUUAAAAAGGCAUUAUACUAAUCACUCAGAAUACAGGCCCCAUGGUUGUGGUAUUUGUGGAAAACGCUUUACCGAUAAGUAUACUUUGGAAACGCAUUUGGCUAUUCAUACUGGAGAAAAGUUUAUCUGUGAUGUUUGUUAUCAAGGGUUUACUCAAAAGUCCAACCUAAAAAGGCAUUAUAUGCUUCAUUUUGCUGUAAAACCCUUCUCUUGUGACAUUUGUGGUAAAAGUUAUGCGGAUAAUUAUACUUUCCAAAUUCAUAGGCUCAUUCAUACUGGGGAGAAACAUAUAUGUGAUAUUUGCCAGCGAGGUUUCACCCAGAAAAGCAACUUAAAACGACAUUAUGCCACACAUAUGAAAGAAAAAAAGUAUCACUAUUGUCUGAAAUGUCCUAAAAAGUUUCUAAAAGAAGAUAAAUUGGAAAAACAUGAGCUCUCUCAUAUGAAAGAAGGUUUAUGA